UCUAUUUUGUCCUCAUUCUCUUGUAUUUCAAAUAAAUGGAGUCCAUCUUCUUUCACUCUAGAGAAACAAGAACAUAGUAUAACCAAUAUAUUGUCUUUAGGAAGAAAUAUUUUGAUCAUGGCUACACAAGUAACAGUGUGUGGUAGUACUUUGAGGGUACUUAUGUUCCCAUUUUUGGCUCAUGGACACAUUACUCCAUUUCUAAACGUUGCCAAGAAACUCGCGGAUAGAGGAUUCUUGAUUUACCUUUGUUCUACGCCCGUCAAUCUCAAAUCUAUCAUCAACAAAAUCCCUGAAAAAUACUCUGAGUCGAUUCAUCUUGUCGAGCUUCACUUACCUGAAUUGCCUGAACUUCCUCCUCACUACCAUACAACAAAUGGCCUCCCGCUCCAUCUCAAUCACAUCCUUCAUAAGGCCCUGAAAAUGUCCAAACCCAACUUCACAAAAAUCUUGCAGAACCUGAAACCUGAUUUGGUCAUUUAUGACAUAUUGCAGCAAUGGACUGAAGACGUUGCGAAUGAACAAAACAUUCCAGCAGUCAAGUUCCUAACUUUUGGUGCUGCCGUGAUUUCAUAUUUUUCCCACUUAAUAAGAAAAUCAGGGGUCGAAUUCCCUUUUCCAGCGAUUUAUCUCAGGAAAAUUGAACAAGUAAAAAUGAGCGAAAUGAUGGCAAAAUCCGCUAAAGAUAAACAACCUGAUGAUGUGGAUCCUUUUGCUGAUGGAAAGGCACAAACCAUGCUGAUUAAUACCACUAGAACUAUCGAGGCCAAAUACAUAGAUAUUCUCUCUGAAUUGAACAGUUGGAAAGUUUUUCCAGUUGGUCCACCUGUCCAAGAUCCGAUCACUAGUGACGUUGAUGAAGUGGAGCUCAUUGAUUGGCUAGGAACGAAAGAUGAGAAUUCAACCGUUUUUAUCUCCUUUGGGAGUGAGUAUUUCUUGUCGAAAGAAGACAUGGAGGAAAUAGCUUUCGGGUUGGAGCUAAGUAAUGUUAAUUUCAUAUGGGUCGCAAGAUUCCCAAAGGGGGAGGAGAAAAAUCUCGAAGACACUUUACCAAAAGGUUUUCUUGAAAGAAUUGGAGACAGGGGAAGAGUUUUGGACAAAUUUGCACCGCAAUCAAGAAUUCUAAAUCAUCCAAGUACCGGAGGAUUUAUAAGUCAUUGUGGUUGGAAUUCAGUAAUGGAAAGUAUAGAUUUUGGGGUUCCUAUAAUAGCGAUGCCUAUACAUCUUGAUCAGCCAAUGAAUGCCAGGUUGGUAGUAGAAUUGGGAGUUGCGGUGGAAAUUGUCAGAGAUGAUGAUGGCAAAAUUCAUAGAGGAGAAAUUGCCAGAACUCUUAAAGAUGUCAUAACAGAGAAAAUGGGGGAAAAUUUGAGGGCCAAAGCGAGAGAUAUCAGCAAGAAUUUGAAAUUUGUAAAAGGUGAAGAGAUAGAUGUUGUCACUGAAGAGCUAAUUCGAUUUUGUAAGAACAGUACUAAGUUGAACUAAUGUCAUAUGUUGCAAUUCAAUUAACAUAAUUAUAUUGUC